CCUACGCACUUGCACACCACUCACUCUCUCUCUCUCUCUGUCUUUUUCUCUCUCUUCUCGUGGCAUCUUCAUUUCCUCCCUACAUGAGCUUGCUUGAAGAGCAAUAUUAGUGAUAGUUGACAGCAGGCCAGCAAACACAGAAGGGGAGAAAGCACAGAAAUCUAUACUUGCAGUGGACAGAGGAUUUUCCUCUUCUUAAAGGGAUCGCUUCCUCACUACAACUUUGACCUUAAGCCCUAACGUCCCACCUGGAGUGUGAUCUGUUGGGAUGGCAGAGGGUGAUGUGGAUCUGUACCCUCAGGUGUUUGUGGUUGACAGCCAAGCCAACCACGUCUCCAUGCCCAGCGAGAAGAGACCACGCUGGGUGAGAUCAGGACAAAAGUUUCUUCUCCUGCUGAUAGGAUUCGCCCUGUUGGGACUUGUUGUCGAGGGAUGUUUUAUCUACAGUCUUUACAGAAAAACCGAGGACUUGUCCCCCUGUAAGUCUCACCCUCUGUGCAAGAACCAGACCAAUCCUCAAACAUCUGGCGGGCAGGGUGGCACCAUAUUGAGUCAAGUGGGUCCUAAUGAAUCCAAUGAGAUUCCCAUAGUACGACCACAUAUGGAAGACAUCCAACAGAGACCAUUUGCUCAGCUGAUUGGCUCAGACCCUUAUAUUGGAGAGAAUAAUGAAGUGCAGUGGGGAAAUAAAAUUGGCGAAACUGUAAGCCACAACAUGGGCUUUGAAGAAGGCCGGUUGUUGGUCAAGGAGGAUGGCUACUACUACAUUUACUCCAAAGUGACAUUAAAUGUUGCAGAGGAGUGUACUCUUAUCAGCCACAAGGUCAUAAAAGACACCAGUGCCUACGGCGAGGAUAUAGAACUUUUGAAAUCCAAAAGUUACCGCUGCUUCCAGAGACCUACAACCCCACAGUUUACUCACAAGGAGGAUAUCCGGAAUAGUUUUCUGGCUGGCAUCUUCCACCUGAAGAGCGGAGAGAAACUUUAUGUCACAUUGGAAAAUAGCCCUAAAAUGAAUCCGAGACAUACUGAAUAUCUCAUGGGGGCAUUUAUGAUAUAUCCUGGUGGAGUGCUGGAGUAAUAUCCUCUGUCCCUCUUUGUGAACAGAUUAUAUGUCUCUGUACUAUUAAUGUACACCCUAUGUUGUGGUUAGAUACUGUACAUAAUUGUACGCGUCUAAUAUAAGGGUCUAUAUGAUCUAAAUUGUACUGUACUAUGCAAUUGAAUCCCUUAUGAAACAGCAACAACUGGUUGUGAGAUCAUAAAAAAGUAUCUGAUGUUCAGGUUUAUAAUCUUACUUGUUGAUUUCUUGCAGUUUUUUAUUACUUUUUUAUUAUUUUUUCAAAGAAAUACUUUGAAAAGUAGUAGACAAGAACUAUGCUCACAUGCAUUACAAAAAAUCACGACAAUAGCAUCAUGGGUAAGGGGGUUACAGUGUCAAUUCAAUUUGACGCCUGCACAUGGCAUUGUAUUAAUAUAUGAUUGACUUCAAUACAAAGAUAUACUUUCACUAUUAAUAAAUAAAUAAACAAAUGUAUUUUAUUUUCCUCCAGUUCUAAAUUAACUUUCUCCAUUUUCUCUUAACUUGUGCUUUACUUAACUACAUGAUCUGAGUACUUCAGACAGUCAGAAAGUCCUCCAGCCAUCACUUUAAAUUACAGCAGUUGGGCUUUCUGACUUUCCAGUAGGAGGAGGCAUUAAGUUGAGAGGCAUGCUAGGACUAUGAGUUUUAUUACAAAUUUAGAUUGGAUGCCAUUAGGCGAAGAUCCCAGCAAGCAUGUACAACAGGCUGAACAAGCUGGUGAGGAAGGCUAGCUCUGUAGUUGGAGUUAAACUGGACAAUCUGGGGGAGGUGGCUGAGGGAAGGACGAGGAGGAAACUGGACAGCAUCCUGGAUAACCCCUCCCACCCACUCCAUGCAGAGCUAGUGAAGAUGAGGAGUACAUUCAGCCACAGACUCAUCCCACCUCGGCACAGAACUAAUCGCCUGGGAAACUCCUUUUUGUCUGUAGCCAUUAGGCUGCACAACAAGGGGUUAACCAUGUAACUCACUGAACAAUAACCCGGACUGCACAUAAAGCCUGCACUUUUGCACAAAACCGACUUUGACUUGCAAUACGGACUUCAAAUGUAUAUAUGCCCAACUCACUUCUAAUUAUUUUCUGUUCUAACAGUUUGUUUUAAAACCGUUACUUAUUCUGUUUAUCAUUUUUAUAAUUCUUUAUUUUUUUCUCAUAUCCUGUGUGAAUCUGUGCUAUUUUUUCUCUACUCAAUCUGUUGCUGUGUAAAUGAUUGAAUUUCCCCAUGGGGAUUAAUAAAGGUACAUCUUAUCUUA